AUGUUGUCACUACUGCGAGCGCCCACCAAGGCCAGGGCUGCAGCGGCUACACAGACCAGGGACUUCUACUUUCCCAGGAAGCACUGGUUCCCCUGGCGCGUGCGCCUUGUUCGUCAGCGACAGGCGGCUUUGAGGGCCAAGCGCCACAUUUGGCCGCGGCGACAGGAUCCAGAGGAGGCGCCCAUCUUCGGUGACAAGGAGGGGGAUGUCCUGUCCUUCAGGGAAGAGGAAGUUCGGAUCAGCGUGAAGAAGCUGGAGCACUAUGCCAAGAUCAUGAAGCACAAGCAGAUCCAGGAUGCCUACGACUGGGUGGACUCCUUGUCCCGGAUGAAGUCGGAGGUGAUCCUUAAGCUGCUGGAGAAGGCCAUGGAGGAGUGCAGGGAUCGGCGUGGCUGGGAUUUGGGGCGGACCUACGUGGUGGACCCUCAGCCGGGCCGCGGGCACUACGUCAAGAGCCUGCGGAAGCACUCCAGAGGCAGGUACGGCAUCAUGAAGGCACCCAGGAACAACUUCAUUAUCCGAGUCCGGCAGAUGCCUUUGGAGGAGUGGUUCCACCGGAUCUUCAUUUACAACAAGGUGCCCCGAAGCCUCUCGGGAGACAUGCGCUUAGCCUUGCACCAGAAGCGUGUCAGCCCGCAGAUGCAGAAGGAGUGGUCGCCAUACCUCCAUGCCAACUCCCGGCUUUUUCACCGCAAGGAGCUGAAGUGGCUGGACAGCACUCGGCAGUUCGACUACUAUCAGGUUCGACGAGAAUGGAUCGAGAAGUACAAGGCGAAUUUGCUGCGGUCCUCCACGGAGGCAAGGGAGGCCCGGGGCCUGCCGCCGCUGCCCAUGGCGGAGUGA